CUGUAACUAUGAAUGUAAAAUGCAAUGCGAACAAACCCCAAACCCACCACAAACUCAAAACCUCCUCAUCCCCUCCAUUUCUACUUCUCUUCCUCUUCUUCAACAGCAAUCUUCCUUAGUUCUUAUCCUUGGUUCCACAUUUUCCUUUUCACCCUUUCUCCCCCUUCUACCUGGCGAAGUAGAUAGUAACACUGUAACAAUAGUCUCCUCCUUCCUGUUCCUGGGCUCCAGAGAGCUAGCUGUACAAGUAUUAAGAGUACUGCUGCAUUCAGUAGUUCUUCUUCAACAGCAUUUAAUACUUGCAGUUUUGAAACCCCCAACCUCCUCCCCACCUGGCGGGGAAUCCACACCACAAUCUAAGGAAUAUUUGUGCAUUUAUAUCUCCAAGUAGCGGGAGUGCUUGUGAGCUGAAAUGGGGUCUUCAGAGCUUCUCCUAAUGGGGUUGCAUUUAUUGCUGCACCUCUUCUUCUGUUAGCAUCACAAUGGGAAUGUUUGCUUGCUGCAUAGUCCUUGAAAUUUAAGGCUUUGCUGGUUGGGUGGGUGGAUAGCUGCUGCUGCAAAAAAGAAAAACCAAAUAAAAGAAGAGGAAAUGGAGAGGCUCCUCCAUCUCCACCAAGGCCCCAUCAGUCAUAAUGAUAAUCCUCCAUGUUUUGCAGGCGACCCGUAUCUCGAGUGCUUAGAGCAGCAGAUUGCAACCACUGCAGCAAGUUUCAGAUUCCAAGAGCGGGGGGAAGAGCGAGAAGCAGUACUAGUUCAAACCGCCGAGGAAGAGGAAGAAGAAAGACAGUUAUACCCAGCAAGCUCCCCCAGCUUAGACGACGACACAAUGCCGUUCCUUCAAAUGCUUCAAACCGUCGAUAACUAUGGAACUACUUCGCCGGGGCGGCCACCAUUCCCUUUCUUCAGCUUCCGAGAACCCAAUUUCCAAACGCUCCUCAAACUCCAGCACCUCAAGAAGCUGCCAUGGGAUGUCAACAACAAUUUCUCCUCUUCCUCUUUUGGCUGUUUCGAUUCCGCUGAAAUCGACCAACAACAACCCCAAUUAGUUCCCCAAUCUCAAAUGAUAGAGCUAGAGAGCUGCAAUGUCACUCACGACUACCCCAGCUUCGUCGACUCUCCCGUCAAAUCCGAAACCCGAGAACUUCCGCACCAUCACUCCAGCUCCUGCCCAGAAGGAGUAAGCCCCGCCGGCGGCGAGCGAGCAGCCGGGCAAGACCGAACCGUCGACCCACCAAAUCCCAGCUCCGCUCCUCUUCUUCCCUGGAGUGCUACCAACACCGAAGAAGCCACCAGAAACUCCGCGAAACCGGCCGCCGAUGGUUCCUCGACGGCGACGAAGAAGGAGAGAAGGAAGAGGAAGAGAACGAGAGCGGCGAAGAACAAGGAGGAAGUGGAGAGCCAACGGAUGACCCACAUUACGGUGGAGCGCAACCGGCGGCGUCAGAUGAACGAGCACCUCAACUCCCUCCGCUCCCUCAUGCCGCCCUCCUACGUCCAAAGGGGGGAUCAAGCGUCAAUCAUCGGAGGCGCAAUCGAUUUCGUGAAGGAGCUGGAGCAGCUGCUGCAGUGCCUGGAAGCGCAGAAGAGGAUUCGACGAGACGACGCCGCCGCCGUGUGCGAGGAGGAGUUCCGGACAGCAGCAGCGGCAGCGCCGUCAUCGGAGGCGGCGGAGAUAGAGGUGACGGCGAUACAGAACCACGUGAACUUGAAGGUGAAGUGCGAGAGGAGAGGGAGAGGAGGAACGAGAGGGCGGCAGCUGGUGAGAGCCAUCGUCGCGCUGGAGGAGCUCUGCCUCACCGUCUUGCACCUCAACAUCUCUUCCUCCGCUUCCACCGCCUUCUACUCCUUCAAUCUCAAGAUAGAGGAAGAAUGCAAGCUGGGAUCAGCAGAUGAGGUGGCAGCAGCUGUGCAUCAGAUCUUCAGCAGCAUCAUCAACGGCUAGCUACCUAUAUUGGCUGAUCAGUUUUUAAUAUUUUUAGGGCAAGUCUGUAGCUGAAUCUGUUGGUACGUAGGAUUGAGACUUGAGAGUAGAGUGUUGGUUGAGUGUGGGAGAGGAGAAAAGAAAGAAAAAGAAGGGGCACGAAUUCUGAUGGGAGCUUUUAUUGGUUUUUGUUUUGUGAUGGGAUCAUGUUAACCCUACGUGUGCA